AUGAAGGAUUUGGGAGUAUUAAAAUACUUCUUAGGACUCGAGGUUGCAAGAAGUAAGCAGGGCAUCUAUAUUUGUCAACGGAAAUAUGCAUUAGACAUUAUUUUUGAAACUGGUUUGUUGGGAUCUAAGCGUGCAGAUUUCCCGAUGGAACAAAAUCAUAAAUUAGCUCUUGCGGAAGGCAGAGUAUUGGAGGAUGUGGAGAAAUAUAGACGGCUUGUUGGUCGUCUGAUUUAUUUAUGUGUAACUAGAUCGGAUCUAGCAUAUUCUGUUCAUAUUUUAUCUCAGUUUAUGCAGAAUCAGAAGGAAGCACAUUGGGAGGCCGCACUUAGAGUGGUGCGUUAUUUGAAGAAACAUCCAGAGCAAGGAAUACUUCUUCGCUCGGAUAGUGCUUUGCAACUUGAAGGUUGGUGUGAUUCUGAUUGGGCUAGUUAUCCUUUGUCUAGGAGGUCUUUGACGGGUUGGUUUGUGUUUCUUGGUUUUUCCCCAAUAUCAUGGCGGACCAAGAAACAACCCACAGUUGCUACAUCAUCUGCGGAUGCGGAAUACAGGUCAAUGGCGGCUACGACAUGUGAACUAAAGUGGUUGAAACAACUACUACGAGCUUUGGGUGUACAACAGCCACAGGGUAUGAAAUUAUUUUGUGACAGCCAGUCAGCUUUGUACAUUGCUAAAAAUCCAGUAUUUCAUGAAAGGACGAAACAUAUUGAAAUUGAUUUGCAUUUUGUAAGAGAUGCAAUUCAGGAGGGACUGAUUUCCCCUUCGUAUGUACCUACGAAGGAGCAGCUAGCAUACAUUUUUACCAAAGCCUUGGGGAAGGUUCAGUUUGAGACAUUACUUUCCAAGUUGGGCAUUCGUGAUCUCCAUGCUCCAACUUGA